AUGCGUGCCUCCACACUCGUUCUCGGCGCGGCCUCAGUGGCAUCUGUACUCGGUGCUCCCUUGGAGAAGAGGGCCAACUACGACCCUCUCCCCGGUGGUGAUGUCGACAUUCUCAACUACGCCUUGAUCCUCGAGUAUCUCGAGCGCGAGUUCUACAGCCAAGGUCUCCGCAACUACACCGAGGCAGACUUCUGCGAAUUCGCCGGCAACGAUGGCAGCAGGUUUUACAAGAACCUCCAGAACAUCUACGAGGACGAGAAGACCCACGUAGACUUCCUCAAGACAGCCCUCAAGACAGCUGCCGUCCCCGAACCCUCCUUCGACUUCCCCUCCACCACAGCCCAGUCCUUCCUCGCCCUCGCUUCCGUCCUCGAGGGCGUCGGCGUGUCCGCCUACCUCGGCGCCGCGGCCGUCAUCGCCGACAAGGCCUACGUCCCCGCCGCCGGCUCCAUCCUGACCGUGGAAGCCCGCCACUCCGCCUUCGUCCGCCAGGCCCUCGGCGCCAAGCCCUUCCCCAAGCCCUUCGACACGCCCCUCGACUUCAACCAGGUACACAGCCUGGCCAUCCCCUUCAUCACGGGCUUCGCGCCCGGCACCCCGGCGUUGCCGUUCAAGGCCUUCCCCAAGCUCGACGUCGGCUUCGUUCAGGGACACGACAUGGUCGUCUUCGAGAACGCGUACGCGAAGGCGGUCGCCGCCGGUACUCUCCCGCAGGGCUCCAAGGUUUACGCCGUCUUCUUCAGCGGUUUGGAUAUCUACUACGAGGAGGUUGUCAUCAACGGCAACGACUACGUUGCUACCAACGUCCCUGAUGGUUGCGAGGGCCAGGUCUACGUCGUCCUCAGCACGGCCGACGGCGUGAACGCCAAGGUCGCGGACGAGAACACCGUUGCUGGUGUUGGUAUCGUCGAGGUCGGUGACUCCAACUACCACUAA